AUGAGCAGACCAGACAAACAGCUUCUCUCCAAGACAUCUACGCAGCGUGCCAGAACCGGAGAGACCAUGAAGACACACGGCAGAUCGAGGAGUAAAGAUUCACCAGCAGACGACUGAGUGAAGAGGCAGGAUGGCGGGGGGUCGGAGGGGACUUGUGGCCCCACAGAAUACUUUUUUGGAGAAUAUUGUGAGACGGUCGAACGUUUGGACACUGUCACAUAGACAGACAGAUACCAACUUUGUCCUGGGAAAUGCUCAGAUAGUAGACUGGCCCAUCGUCUACAGCAAUGAUGGUUUCUGCAAGUUGUCGGGGUACCACAGAGCAGAGGUGAUGCAGAAAAGCAGCACCUGCAGCUUCAUGUACGGGGAGCUUACAGACAAGGACACGACGGAAAAAGUGCGGCUAACAUUCGAGAAUUAUGAGAUGAACUCGUUUGAAAUACUAAUGUACAAGAAGAACAGGACGCCGGUUUGGUUUUUUGUGAAAAUUGCUCCCAUUCGAAAUGAACAAGAGAAAGUGGUCCUGUUUCUUUGCACGUUCAGUGACAUCACAGCCUUUAAGCAGCCCAUCGAAGACGAUUCUUCCAAAGGCUGGGGAAAGUUUGCCCGACUGACUCGAGCUCUAACGAGCAGCAGAGGAGUCUUACAGCAGCUGCAGCCCACAGUUCACAAAGGAGAGAACGUCCACAAGCACUCCCGCUUAGCUGAGGUACUGCAGCUUGGCUCAGAUAUCCUACCUCAGUACAAACAGGAGACCCCCAAGACCCCUCCCCACAUCAUCCUGCACUACUGCCUCUUCAAGACCACGUGGGACUGGGUCAUCCUCAUCCUCACCUUCUACACAGCCAUCAUGGUGCCCUACAACGUCUCCUUCAAGACGAAGCAGAACAACGUGACGUGGCUGGUGGUGGACAGCAUCGUGGACGUCAUCUUCCUCGUGGACAUCGUUCUAAACUUCCACACCACGUUCGUCGGACCCGCCGGCGAGGUCAUCUCAGACCCCAAGCUGAUCCGGAUGAACUACCUGAAGACCUGGUUUGUUAUCGACCUGCUGUCCUGCCUGCCGUACGACGUCAUCAACGCCUUCGAGAAUGUAGAUGAGGGGAUCAGCAGUCUGUUCAGCUCGCUUAAGGUGGUCCGACUUCUCCGUCUGGGUCGUGUCGCCCGUAAGCUGGAUCACUACAUUGAGUACGGGGCGGCUGUCCUGGUGCUGCUGGUGUGUGUUUUUGGACUGGCCGCUCACUGGCUGGCCUGCAUUUGGUUCAGCAUCGGUGAUUAUGAGGUUAUCGAUGAAGAAACCAACUUUGUGCGCAUGGACAGCUGGCUCUACAUCCUGGCUGAGACGCUGGGCACACCGUACCGCUUCAACGCCAGCGGCUCAGGGAAGUGGGAGGGCGGGCCGAACAAAGACUCCGUCUACAUCACUUCGUUGUACUUCACCAUGACCAGCCUGACUAGCAUCGGCUUCGGCAACAUCGCCCCGACGACAGACGGAGAGAAAAUCUUUGCGGUGGCCAUGAUGAUGAUUGGAUCCCUUCUUUACGCCACCAUCUUUGGUAAUGUGACAACAAUCUUCCAGCAGAUGUACGCCAACACGAAUCGUUACCAUGAGAUGAUCAACAGCGUCCGAGACUUCCUUAAGCUCUACCAGGUGCCCAAGGGCUUGAGUGAAAGAGUUAUGGACUACAUUGCCUCCACCUGGUCCAUGUCUCGGGGUAUAGACACUGAAAAGGUGUUGCAGAUUUGUCCGAAGGACAUGAGAGCAGAUAUUUGUGUUCAUCUCAACCGGAAGGUUUUUAAAGAGCACCCGGCUUUCCGGCUGGCCAGCGACGGGUGUCUCAGAGCGCUGGCCAUGGAGUUCCAGACCAUCCACUGCGCCCCUGGUGACCUGAUCUACCACGCUGGUGAAAGUGUGGACAGCCUCUGUUUCGUGGUGUCAGGAUCACUGGAGGUCAUUCAGGAUGACGAGGUGGUGGCCAUUUUAGGUAAGGGAGAUGUAUUCGGGGAUGUUUUCUGGAAAGAAGUGACUCUCGCUCAAGCCUGCGCCAACGUCCGAGCGCUGACCUACUGCGACCUCCACGUCAUUAAACGCGACGCCCUGCAGAAGGUGCUGGAGUUCUACACGGCGUUUUCCAACCACUUCUCGAGAAACCUGCUGCUCACUUACAACCUGCGGAAGAGGAUCGUCUUCCGAAAGAUCAGUGAUGUGAAACGAGAGGAAGAGGAGCGACAGAGACGUAAAAAUGAAGCCCCUCUGAACUUGCCUCCAGAUCACCCGGUACGAAAACUCUUCCAGCGCUUUCGACAGCAGAAGGAAGCGCGCCUGGACACCGACAAACGAGAACCAGAUGACCACGAUAUUGAGAAAGGUCCCGUGUACGUGGACAUCCCGAUAGCUAAAGCACCUAUCACGACUACCAGCAUCGUCACAGUGACAGAGAGCCCAGCAACACCCUCAUCUUCAACGCCUUCAUCUUCAACAACCCCCAACUGUGCUCCUGCAGACCAGGCGAAGCUGCAGGUGCCAGCUCCCAGUUCUCUGGUGGGAGGCCGGGCUGCUGAACCAGUCAGAGUCAAAGGCUGGGGUCGCUUCAAGGAGUCCAUGGCCAAAGCCGAUAACUGGAACAAAGUGUCUAAAGCCGAAUCCAUGGAGACUUUACCUGAACGGACCAAGGCGCACGAGUCACAGAUGACUCUAAAGAAGACAGACUCGUGUGACAGCGGCAUCACCAAAAGUGACCUGCGCCUUGACAAAGUGGGCGAAUUCCGCUUGACGCCCCAGGACCGCAGUCCCGUCCAGCCUCCGGAGACCAAGCACGCCUUCUACACCAUCCCAGAGCAGACGCUUCAGGCCUCGCUCCAGGAGCUCAAACUGGAGCUGAAGGACGACCUCAAGAACCUGAACGGUCGAAUGUCAAGCCUGGAGGCGCAACUCACAGAAGCACUUCAACUCCUCAAAGAGAGGAGAUCAAACGCUGGCUCUCCGCUGCCGCUUUUUGACAUUUCUAGACCUGCUUCACCAGAACUGGACAAAGAGGACAUCUUCUCUUGAAGGAAGGUACGUUAACUCAUCAGGUUGACUGUGAACUCAGCUGGAAUCCAGUAUUAUGCAGAGUACUUGGAUAGGCUGCACUGUGCACACCAUUUAGAUGUGUAGGCAACAGUGUGGUCUUUAAGACGCACCGGCCUUUAUCAUAGGGGUGUACCCGUCGGUUAACAAGGGAACCUCACGGUGAGAAGUCAUGGUCGUAGCCCAGAUCUCGUUGUGGUAAAACCGAACACUCUGACAGCUCUAUGUCUGUACAUAAGUUUGAUUUAGUUUUCCAUUGCACUAUAAUGGAGAAAUAGCUCGAGCGGGUUGAUUUUAUCUCGAUUUUGAGAGUGUCAAUGGAAGAACAUAGUUGUAUCUCUGUUGGGAAGAGAGUAGAAACAGCAUGACCCACUGGUUUGUUAUUGAAUCAUUUGUAUGAGAUUCUUUGCAUGUCACAUAAAAUAGACGUGUGCCUCAAAUUGCAGACGGUGCAUAUUUGGUUACCCGAGGCCACACAGCGAGUCGUUCGCAUUAUUUCACCACGACAGCGGGAAAGGACGGUCUUUCCAGAUGUCGAAACAGUCGCAGAGUAAUUUCCUCGAGCAAUUGAUGAACUCUUCUUAUAUCAACUGCCAGGAUCAUUAUGAAUAAUACAACAGAUAACUCUCGCCAAGCAAUCAGAUUUUCAAAGACAUCUUUUAGCAGAGCUUAUAAUUCCCAUAAACCAUGGAUGGAUGAAAAGGCAGCAGCGAGCAAGUCAUCUAUCUUUCUUGAUAUCUUGUAUUUGUUAUUCUCAUGUAUAAACACUACAAACACACACAUUAUACAUAUAUAUUGUAUGAGAGACGUGCAUUUUUUUAGCUUUGGUGAUGCAUAAUUAGGUGAUGCAGAUGAUACGGAUAAUGGCUGUGCCCCUUACCUUAUUUUGAAAUUGUAAAGGACAAAGUUAUGAAUGCCCUUUUGCACAAUAUUUCUAAAAUGAAAUGUAUUUAUAACUAAUCCUUAAAAGUGCAGGUUUGUUCAUGUAAACAGACCUAGAAAGUCAAUUGAACCAGUUUUACUGAUGAGUUUUGCCUUUAAUGGUCACUGAGGUACCUGUUUACCAUUUAGCAUGCAUGUUUUAAUGUGUGUCCGUUUUCAAAUUCACUGGAGAAAAAGAACAUCAUCCGAUGACAACACGAGAUACAAGUUGACUAUCACUAUGAUAUGAUAUAUAUAUAUAUGAUAUAUGAUGAUGAAAAUGUUUAGGCUAAGUGUUUGCAUGGCAGGCGAUGUCUCUCGGGACUCACUUUGCUUUAUUUGAGGGCAAUGUGUACUUCCAACUUAACGUUCCUUAAAUGACAACAUCCGGAUGCUACUUCUUACAUAGUAGACAACCAACAUUUAUUUAAUUAUGAAUCAUUUCAUAAAAGGAAUAAGGUAAAGCAAGAAUUCUGAGGAAAUUAUAUACAGAGCUUCUAAAAAAGAAACAAUUGAAUGUAAUUGGGUAAUAUUGAUUAUACAAAAUGUUAUUAUGUAUUCUUUCUUUUUUCUUUUAUUCAAAAACUUUAUAAUGGACUCAAAUACACCAAACCCAGGCCGAGUAAUCCAGUCAAAAUAAAUAAAAUAGUCCAAGAACAAGUCCUUACAGAAACAUAAUAAUCAACAUCAAGUAAAGCAGAGCUGUGAGUUCUGGUUUCAAGCAAUAAUAAUUACAAUAAGAUGUUUGGGCUAAAACAUCAGCUCUCUAACUAUAGAUAAUAUAAAUAAUGGAAGAAAGUCUAAUAUUCAGUAAAUAUGACCAGAACAAUCCAGAAUAAAAUGAUACUGUAUGUCAUAGUCGGGAGCUUUACUGUCUAUAAAGUCGUAUACAUGGCAAAAAACAAAACCCGUCAUUCUAUAUUAUUUAUUAUUCAUAUAGAUAAUUAAUGUUCCCUGCAAGCCUUUUCUCUUAUCAAGACAUAGGACACGCUGAGACAGCACGGCUCAGAGGGAAAAGACGCUGCUUUUUCCCUCCAACACAUUCGGUGGCUCCAUUUCCAUCAAAAAUUCAGCUUACUUAAAAAAUAAAUGGGCAUAUCAUCACAGAAGGGAGAAAUGAUUUGGUUUGGAGCCAGAGUUUGUCUUUAUGGGUCUGCUUUCACAAAGAGUUUUGAUGGUAGAGAGAUGGUUUGAUUCAGAGGAGCUAUGACCUCUCUAUCACAGAGAAUUCAUAACGCUGCGGCUCACACACAAGUUCAGAAAUCAAAAGGAGACCAAAAAAAAAGAAGGCCAACAGCGUCUGUGAGGAAUUAAGUCACACGCGUGAAAGACAGGAUUUAAACUUAUGUAAUGUCAGACUUCAUCUAAGUUUUGACAUCUUUAAUCUGCAAUGAAAUGUGGUAAAAAGUGAUUCAUUAUUAUUUCUCUUAGUGAGACUGACAGGGCGCUGAGUUCAGACACACAGUGAUUCAUUGUUAUACUACGCUGAAACCUCUUUCCUACUCAAAUUGAUUACAACGUCAUCGCUUUGUGUUAAAGCCUUGUAAUAAUCUAUUGAUUUAAGUGGUAACUUUUCACGUUUAAUAGAACAUUAUUUCACAAGACGUGGUGGAGAUUACCACAGGACAAAUCCAAUAAUGUUAUGCAGGUAAAAUGUUUACUGUUGUAUUUGCAAUCAAGCUCUGUGUGUGUGUGUGUUGUUUAAAAUAAUUACAAAUCAUCACACACACACAUCACUACAGACUUUAAAAAGAACAAGUAUUAGUAUCGCAGUAUAUAUUAAUUCUGGACGGAGUUUGAAGCUCUGAUUGAACUACUUGGCAUCAAUCAAUCCUGGAAACAUUACGUUACAUGCCAAGUACACGUGGGUUGUGCAGCGCAUUAAAAGUUUUUGGAACAAUUUAAAGGUAAAGUUUUUUUUUUACAUUAACUGUUAAGGCAGGAGUUGACUAGCUUAUGUAAACGUAAAGACUGGAAGCAGACGGAAAGCAGCUAGCUUAGCUUAAAGUUCAAAAGCACCUAGCAGCACAUCUAAAGCUCAUUCAGUGGCACUUUAUCUCACUUGUUUAAUCCGAAAUGUAAAGACAACAAGUUGUGGUUUUACUGGGAGUUAUGUGUCGGUUAAGAGCCAGGCUAACUGUUACCAUCUACUUCCAGUCAUUAUGCUAAGCUAAGCUAAGCUAAGCUAAGCUAAGCGAAGACUUCUGACUCUAGAUCCGUAUACUGCAGACACAAGAGAAGCAUCGAUCUUCUCAUCUGAAAUGUCAAACUAUUCCUAAACCAUUUUAAGGCCAGUACGUUUGUUUUAAAUUGUUUUUCCUUUAGAGAAAGUGAGUUGAUGCUUUUGACUUUUUCUGAAUACAAGCGGCUGGACUGUGAGUCUGGAGUAGUAUGCAUGUCGGGUGACGUGGAGGUAAAAAGGUGUAAAUCUUUGAAUGUUACACAACAGUUUAACCACAACUGUUUUAAAAUAAAGUAAAAUAAGUGAAACACGUUUUAGCCUGCUCUGACUUUUAAUAAUACUAACAACAAUGAGGUGCUGACUGUUUGUCAUUUUUAUUAUUUAUGUGAAAAUAAUAUUUAUUUUCGUCAACAGAUUUGAAUUCUUUUCUUUGAAGUUAAUAAUGGUGGAAUAUUUUCCUGUUGGCCAAAAUAAACUGCUGUUCCACCGAUGACACAGAUGAAUGACAGACCUGGUAAUAUUUGUAAAGUAUAUUUCAAACUUUUCAUUUUGAAGACACAAACCAUUUGUUUUUGGAGUUACAGUAUUCUCUCAUGUUAUGGUAUUUGCACUGUAAAUUCACAAUUCUCUUUUAGUUUCUUUACAUUUAACAACAAGAACAAGAACAGAACCAGAUCACUGAUUUUUCAUAAUAAAAUCAGUAAAAAGAUCUGUUUUUAGCUAUAAAUCAGAUUUUGUACCCGUUUGAAUGCAGCCCAACGAAGAUAAGGCAUGUGGAGGGUACUUCCACCUACACCUGUUUCAAAACGCUGAAUGUUUUUAAAAGAAUACUAUAAAUAUACGUUACUAAAAUGGGAUGUAGCUGCACUCUAAUACUCAGAGACAUGAUCCUUGAAAGCAAUAUAUAGUUCUGUGCUGUAACAUUUAUAAACAGAGGUCCAAGUCGUGAGGAUAAAUAUGAGAAACCUGUCACAAUACUGCACUAACACUUCAUUACAUUAACCCUAAUAUGAUUACAGUCAUUACCUUUGAUUGCUACUGAGAAGCAUGCAACACUGUGCCUUCAUAAUAUUGCCCCGUACUCCUUAUCCAGGCCUGCAGUGAGAAAAACUCUAAUUACUCCUUUGAAACAAGUUGAACACAGAACUAUUUUUGUGGUCAGCUCUAAGACGCUGCCUAGACACACACACACACACACACACACACACACACACACACACACAUAUAUAUAUGCACAAAUUAUAUUGCAAUGUUUAGAUUCUUAAGAAAGAGAAAAGUUAGAAUGUUGUGUAUGGUUAAUGUAAUAUGCACCUGCCUCUAUGUUCACACACAUCAAGUGAUGAGAAAUGUAACUAUUUCAAGCACAAUAGGAACUCUUUGUUAUGAACUGUGACAUAUUGUACUAUUCAUAAUAAAUAUUUUUUACAUACUGU